GACCAAUGUGCUUCCAACACUGGCACCCAGUAGCAGGGCAGCCACUCACCUACAGGGACCCCUAGCAUCAGGGGAACCAGUCACCUGUACAGUCUCCAGUGUGACCCCUAAAGUAACCUUGUGUGGUGGAGCUGCCAUUUGGGUCCCCAAGCAGCACAUACUAAGUCAGUAAGUUUCACAGAGAGGAGCAGCUGAGGGCAGAGGCAGGGAAGGGGCUGUUCCCAGACAGGAGGAGGGAGAUGAUACAAUCUGCGUCUCGUCCUCUCUCCAGGUUUAGCCGGCACAACACUGUCCCAGCAAGAGCCAGUGAUUCCCUGCAGAACACAAUGGCCAUGGACUGGGCUGGCAGAGCAGGAGGAGUUGUGCCCCCCCUGCACACAAAACCCAUGUGCUGUGAAGCAGCAGCUUUUGAUGUGGAGUGUAUGAGCCGUGUCUGUGAUGGACAGAUCUUUCAGGCUGUAAAAGAGGGAAAUAUAAAGAAAUGUCAGCAUAUACUUGAGGCAGAAAGCGCUGCUGUUUUGGGGUGUUACGAUGAAAAGGGACAUACCCCUGUCCAUUGGGCUGCCCUCACAGGAUCUAUUCAACUAAUGGAGCUCUUUGUGGAUAGUAAAGGACCUGUGGAUACACCAAGCCUGGCUGAGCUGGGGCAGCACCCCAUUCACUGGGCCGCUGUCAGUGGCUCCAUUGCUGUUGUAGACAUUCUUCUGAAAGCAGGCGUAUCAGUGGAUGUAAAAGAUCAGAAGGGCUGCACUCCUUUGAUUACAGCUGCUCAGUAUGGACAAACAGCGUUGUGUUGCUACCUUAUAGGGAAAGGCGCAAAGAUCAACUUGUAUGACUCUGAGGGAGACACAGCACUGCACUGGGCAGCAUUCAAGGGUCACUGUGAAUUGUCUCACCUACUCAUAUACUCUGGCUGUAACCCACGACAGACAGAUAACUUUGGGCAGACCCCUUUGCACUUAGCUGUAUUAAGUGGGAAUCUUCCAACAGUCCAACUGUUAUGUGAACAAGAUAAUAUUGAUUUAGAAGGUGAAGAUAACAACAGAAAUACCCCCUUGAAGCUGGCUAACGGACGGAAGUCCUGGGAUAUUGCCUCAUUUUUACAAAGCACAAUCAUACAAUCAAAAAAGCAUCAUGCUAAAUUUAACUGGAGUACGUGGUUAUUUGGUCGCCCAGGAAAAACAAAAGGACCCAUCUUAUUCUUUUUUGGAAAUUUAUUCCUUUGGGGAUAUCCGACUUAUUUCUUUAAGAUUGUGCCUGUUUCAUACUAUGCUCUCUGGGAGUUGCAUAUGAUGUUCCUGCUUUGCAAUACACUGAUGUGGGCUUUCUUCUUAAAAGCUUCACAUAUGGACCCUGGAUUUCUACCUCAGGAUACAGAAGAAUAUAAAUAUGCUGUUAAGCAGGCUAUAAAUUGUAAUGAUUGGAAAGAUGGUAAAAACCCUUUGAACAGACUGUGUCAUACUUGUCAUCUUGUGAAGCCACUUCGAUCCAAACACUGUCGUAUCACGAAUCGAUGCGUUUCCCACUUUGACCACUAUUGCCCUUACAUCUACAAUGACGUCGGAAAGCGGAACAGAGCGUUCUUUGUAGGAUUCCUGGUCUCCAUGUGUAUGUGCUGUUUCAUUGGAGUUUAUCUAUGCUGGGACUGCUUCUACAUUGUGGGAAAUAGCAUCUUGAUUGGGAUCGGCUUCAUCUUUCUUUCUGUUAUCGGCACUAUUUCAGCACUCAUGUCUGUGAUGUGUCUUUACAUGGCCAUUGUAAACAUCACAACCAACGAGAGGAUGAAUGUGAAAAAAUACACAUACCUGAAAGAUGACAGGGGCCACUUUAGGAAUCCAUUUGAUCGUGGAUUCUAUCUCAACUUAUUGGAAUUUAUUGACAUUGUGGCACCUCUUUCUGAAGAUAAAAUCCAAAAAAUGGAACUAAGAUUCGAUAUUUGAAAGAAUAGAAGCAAAGUAGGAGAAUGAGAAAUUCUAAACGGGAAAAUGGGAAAUUAGAUUUAAUUUAUACAUAUGUUUUUAUACAUGUUCUGUAUAUUUGUAUUAUGAAUUGACAAAUAAAUAAUUUUAUAAGGUAA